GGAAGUUGUCGCAGCGGCUUAGUUUAUUGUGGUUGUUAUGUACAGUUCAAAAUAUGUCGAUAAACUAAAUGUACAUACGAUAGACGUUGUCAAACGCUUCAGUAAGGAUAAAAAUUAAUUGAUAUAUUCAUAUUUUUUUCCAUAGAGUAAUUUGACCCUUUCUGCUCUGGCCUAACAAACUGCAGAGUUAAGCUAACAUUAGCCAAGCUGUCAAGUAGCACAGCACUUUCUAGCUAACUAGCUAGCAACUAGAUUUUAAACGAGGACAACAAAGAAAACGUCGUAAAUACUGUGCCGUUUGUGAAUAUACUUUGUCUUAAAGUCACAUUAUGAAGUGUAUAGCUCUAUUUUAAUAGUAAGCUACCAGUAGUUUUGUCGGUUUUUAGAUUAUGUCAGUGAUAUUGAUUGUACUGUAACGUUAGUCCACUGACUCGAGCCAGGUGGCUAUUUAAUCAAGGAGUUAUUAACACUGAGAAUCCGAUCAAACAUGGAUAAGAAAUCAUUCGACAUCGUCUUAGACGAAAUCAGGAAGUGCGUGCUAACAGAUCAGCGGAUUAAGGCGAUAGAGCAGGUGCACGGGUACUUCUCCAGCGAGCAGGUAAUGGACAUGCUGAAGUACUUCUCCUGGGCAGAUCCUCAGAUCAAAGCUGUCAAAGCUCUUCAACAUAAAAUGGUUGCCAUCCCCACUACCAAAGUGGCCAACAUCCUCAACUGUUUUACCUUCUCUAAGGACCGACUGGUGGUUCUGGAACUCAUAGCUCUGAAUAUCUCUGAUGCCCAGAACUACCGUCCCGUAGAGGACCUGUUCCGUAUUCACCUGUCUGAGAAGAAACGAGCCCGCAGGAUCCUAGAGCAGGUAACACUGUCCUGUACUGCUCUAGCUGUGUUGUGAUCUGUUCUACGGAUGAUCCCAGGGAACCCUUACCCUAAAGGCAAGCCCAGCCAGACCACGGGCACCUUCCCUGGAACUCCUGCAAAGAAGGAGGGAGAGGAGACCCCUGCCAACACCGAGGGGAAAGGCAUCGCAGCCCGCAUCAUUGGACCAUUCAAACCAUCUCCGUCGUCCUACAACCCUCAGCGGCCGGUACCCUACCCCAUUCCCCCCUGCAGACCUCACGCCACCAUCGCACCGAGUAGGUACAACAACGCAGGGCUGGUAUCAGUGGGCGGGGUCAUAACGGCCAGCGUUCUCCCCCCACCCUACAGCGCCAGCACCAAGCCCACAGGCUACGCCAGACCUGCCAAUCAACAACAGCACCCUGUCACAGGUGUCAACUCCACAGCCCUCCCAUCUCCUCUCGGCUCCCCCACAGUCCCUCCCGUGCCCUCCCCCUCUCACCCCACUCCCACCACCCCCAUCACCCCUGUGUUCCCUGGUAAGGUCCCCUCCCAGAACCCUCUAGCCCCCUCUCCCUCCCCCGCCCCUCUCCCUCCGUCAUCAAAGGGGUCCCCUCCCAUCCGGUUCCCCCAUCUGCCCCCCACCACCCCCUCCGUCAUUAAGGCCCACACCCCUCAGCUACCCCCUGUGGCACCCCCGGUCCCCACCACCCAGGGCGUUCUCCCCCUCUCCCUUCCAUGCUGGUGCCUCUCGGUCAGACACCCCUACCCCAAGGACCCCCUCCCUGACCCCCUCCCUCAGGGUACCUCCAUGGGUCUCCCGCAGUACAACCCCCAGACAGGCCCUGCCUUCCCUGGCCUGCCCGCAUACCAGACCACCCCGUCUGGGUCGGUGAUCCGCAGCUAUCCUCCCUCCUCCUCCUCGGCCCCCAGCCCCAAGCCCUCCCCAGCCCUGUCCGGCCAGGCCCAAGCAUCCUUCUACAGCGAGCAGCACCGCGGCCCACUGGCUAGGACAGGAGGGGGGACAGGCAGUGGCAGUAACAGCCCAGUCCCCUCUGCCUUUAAAGGCCCUUCACGUGCGGUGACUCCCUCCCUCAGCUCUCUGGUGAUGCCUGGCGGAUCAGCGGCCUUAGCCCGCUCCCUGGGUCUGUCCCACACCUCUUCUUCUCCCCAGGGCUCCCUACCCAGCCCUGCUGCUAUGGCCAGCCUCCAGGCCCUCUCCUCCAGCCCGGCUCCCCCUCACUACCCCGGCCUCUCCCCCUUCCCCUCCUCCCUGUCCUCCUCUUCACCCUUCCCUCCAUCCUCCUCCCUGUCCUCCAUGACCCCCACCUCCCACCCCCAGACCUCCAUGGCCUACCCAGGCCUGUCUCACAGCGUAGCCACAAGCGGAGCCUCUCCCUUUGGGAUGGGUCUGACCACCAGCCCAUCUAUCUUCCCAGGGCUGGUUCCAGGGCCCAGUCCUGGGGGGUUCUCAGGAUUUGGAGGUUCAGGAGGACCUGGGGCGGGGAGCCCCGUCCUGUCUUCCUUCAUGGGUGCCGGGGUGUCCGUAGCAACCGUAGCCCCUCUCCAUUCGGCGGCCGUGGCAGCAGGAGUUCCAUCCUCCUCUCCCGUUCUACCUGGCUUUGCCUCUGCCUUCAGCUCCAACUUCCAGCCUGGGCUGUCUAGUGGCCUCCAGCCUACAGGUGGCGCUGCGUUUCCUGGACUGUUGUCUUUCCCUGGCAUGCCAGGCUUCUCCCCCUCCCCCAGCCAACUACACAACCCUGCCAUGCAGUCAGCCCUGCUACAGGCCCACUCUGCGUCUGUAUUGGAGGGUUAUACCACAUACCCCCCUGGACCUGGCAACCCCUUUCAACCUGGCCUACACCCCUCCCAGCUGGGCUGGCAGUGACCAGAACACUCUCUCUCUCUCACACACACACACACACACACACACACACACACACACACACACACACACACACACACACACACACACACACACACACACACACACACACACACACACACACACAUGUACAUAUGCAAAAUACCCUAAACAUUCAUAUACACACACACACACUCUCAGUCGGUGGACUUGGGGUUAACUUGUAUUCCUCAACUCACUACAACCUGCCAAGACUGUGAUAAAGAAAAGAGACUUUGCAUACUUCUAUCGUUUGAACUUUCACACUCCGUCAAUAUGAACUAAAAUAAGAGGAAGUAGAGAAAGAAAGAUCUGAGGACCAACUACACCACAGACAAAGAAUUUAAUUGAAAAUGGUUUAUUGAAAGCUUUGUUGUCACUGUAAACAGAGUGGACAAUGAUAUACCCAGAGGAUCAUGACUGAGACAAACUUCCCCACAGAGAGACAGAGAGGGAAAAGGUCUAUUUUAGCUUCAUCUCUCUUUCUGUCAAGAUGAGGUCUAUUGUAGAUCUAUCUGAUGUUCUGUCUGACUGUAGAUCUAUCUGAUGUUCUAUCUGUC